AUGGCACUUGGAUUUUCUUCUUGGGCGGAGUUCUACGUUUAUACGACAUGCAUUACUUUGGGCGUCUCCAUGUUGAUGCCAAUGAACGCCCUGACAUCUGCACCUCGAUACAUGGUGGAUUACUACCGCUACGUCUCAGGAGACCCCCAUGCGAAGGCAAACGUGCCAAUAUUUUGGGCCAACAUUUUCACCUUCUACAACGUUGUGUCGUUGGUGACGCAAAUUAUAUUUGGACCCACCGUGUUGACGCAUUUGGCGAGAAAAUUUUCCCUUAGCAAUCGCUUUAUUUUUGCGCUCACAUGUAUGAUGCUGGAGGUUAUUGUGGUUCUUUUGCUGCCCACGGGAAAGGUCUCACAGAAUUCUGCCAUCGUCGCGUUUAUUAUUGUCAGCAUUGUGGCAGGUGCGGGCAAGUCGUACUUGGAGGCUACGUGCUACGCGCUGGCUGGAACAAUGCCCCCAAAGUUUAUGUCGGCUAUUAUGUUUGGUUGCGGCUUCUCGGGACUGGUUGCGUCGACGAUGCAGUGCAUCAUUAAGGCAACGAUGGAAAACACGUAUGAUUCGGUACUUGCACAGGCGUACAUUUACUUCUCACUUGCGCUGGGAAUCAUGUUCGCUGCGCUUCUUAUGGCAUUGUCGCUGCGGUACAACUCCUUUGCGCAGAAACACGUUGCUGAGUACCGCAUGCUGAAACGCGCGACGGAUGGAGAAACUCCAAGUGCAGAAGCCACGGCGUACGGCAAUGUUGAACCCAUCGACAAGGCGGUUGAAAAGGAUGCGGACAGCGGUAAGGCAGCCGGUGAAAACCUUUCCUGCAGGAAUGAAAAUGGCGCACCGGUAAUUGUUCAGUCCGAAAUGACAACUUCAGAGCAACUGCUGACAACACCCGUUUUUCCAGUGAUCAAGAAAAUUUACCCCAUGCAGAUUGCAUGUUUUUGCGUCUUCUUCUUGUCACUUAUUAUCUUCCCCAGCCUGGUGAUUCCCAUUGACCGUGACGACGAGUGGUUUGCCACCAUCGCCAUUCUUUGCUACAACGGUGGUGACGCCUUGGGCCGUUUUUUGACUUCCUUCCGAAAGCUCUGGAUUUCUCGCCGCAAAACGCUAUAUUUAUCAUUCGUCCGCUUUCUGUACAUUCCAUUAAUCUUUCUCUGCGUCUUUCACCAAAUCCCUGGCCACGUGGCGCCGUGCAUUUUCAUGUUCACUAUUGGUCUGACAAACUACCUUGGGGCACUGACCAUGGUGUACGGUCCCGGCACACCGGAGCUGAAGACGGAUGGGGAGAGGGUAAUGGCUGGGCAGCUUAUGGGAAUUGCGCUGCUGGGUGGUGCAUCCUUUGCCUCACUUAUUGCCAUCGUUGUGGUCUUGUUCCUUCCCUAA